GGAGGAGGGGAGACGCUGGGCACUCGUGUUGCCGAUGAAGAGGGAACUCCCACCCAUUCUCAAUGAAGUGGUAACUUCCGGAGAGGGAUCGUUGCCCCUUGCUGAGUUUUGCUGUGGGCAGUGAGAGAGAGAGAGGGUGGGGGCAGAAGAUGUCCGAUGGAGGACCUGUUAGGCAGCUACAUUAUCUUCCUGAUCCUGCUGUUCGUUGAGACCAAGGGCAUCCCGCCCGUCACGCUGGCCAUCAUCAUCCUCAACAUGUUCAUCUUCCUGUCGCCGGCGCUGGGCGUGGGCGAGGUUUGCCUGAGCGUGUCGACCACGCUGUACGGGUGCGAGUGGCAGCGCCUGGCCUUGGCGCCCCUUCACCACAUCGACCUGGACCACCUGGGGUUCAACAUGGCCUCCCUGGUGUGGAAGGGCAGCCGUCUGGAGCGCAGGAUUGGCAGUGCCCGCUUCACCUUCUCCAUCUGCUCAUUUGGGCUUCUCACCGGCCUCACCUACCUGCUCAUCAAGGCCACGCUCUCCUUCCUCCUGUCCGACAGGUUCAACCUGGACUGUGCUGUCGGGUUCUCAGGGAUCCUCUUUGCCCUGAAGGUGAUCAACAAUGGCCACAGUUGCGAUGGGAAUAUCCCAGGGCCGUUCCACAUCAAGAAGAGAGAUGCCUGCUGGGCGGAACUGGUCCUGAUCCACCUCCUCUCCCCACGGUCUUCGUUCGUGGGCCACCUGGCGGGCAUCCUGGUCGGGCUGGCGUAUGUGAUGGGGCCGCUGAGGAUGAUGAUUAACUGGAUCACGGGCAAGGAGACGAGCAGCGUGCGCUUUGCGGAAUGCUGCCAGCUCUCCCGGAAUGGGCAUCCGGACAGGGACAGUGACGGAGACUGCCAGUCGACAUGCUUGCCCAGACACAGGAGACAACGGCGGAGGUGCUGAUGGUCCUGACAUU